CGUCUGAGGCGGAACAAGCUGACUACGCGUCCUGUCUGGCUGUCAAACCAGUCCAAGAGUAUGUUUGAGGAGUAUGCUUGCGCUCUGAACUAGUACAUAACUCGCUUGGAGUAGGACUGGCACCUCCGUUUACUCUACAUGCGUUUACAAACAUGUCUUUGGACUAGCGUUUGCUGUAGUUCGAGCCCGAGCCCGAGCCCGAGCCCAUGCCCCUAAAGCCGUGCCAAUGCCGAGGAAUGGAUACUAGUGUCUCUGGCAAAGUUGGAAACAUGGUCGCAAGUGAUGAGGAGCAUUUGGACGCGAGCGAUGGCAGUAACGCAGGGAUGGACGCGCUUCACCAGUGCGAACUCAUCCAGAACCUGAUCGAGAUCUCCAUCUCUAGUCUGAAGGGGCUUCGGACCAAGUGCGCCGCAUCUAACGACCUGACCCAACACGAGAUACGCGCUUUGGAGGUGAAGCUGGUGAAGUACAUCAGUAAACAGUUAGAGUGGAAGCAGAGCGUUCCAGAGAGAGACAAACCACUGGCGCUGGACUCUUACCCACAACUCACAGACUGGCUGUACACCAUCAACCUCCGGCCAGAGCUCAUAGAGGCAGUCCCUGUGAAGCUGUCUCUGGAUGCUCUGCUGCAAAUGUCCAGUGUGCAGGUGGAAGACACCAUGAAAAGACUGGGCUCUAGCAGUGAGGAGUGUUCCCGCAUCACCGCUGCCCUCUCUUGUCUCAAGAGCGCUACUGACACAGGUGCAGCACUUAAGAAAGAGGGCAUCCCGUGGAUAGCAGAACCCACUCACCGUGACAGUACCUCUGUUGACCCGCUGUCUUGUUCUAUGCGUGCACAUCAGUCUUACAGUCCCAGCCCAACCAGCUGGCCCCCUUCUUCUGCUUUGCCUGCCCCUCGUUCCUGUGUCUCUGUUUCUGCUCUACCCUCAACGGACUUCCCUACAAUCGUCCACCCUCACUGUGAUGGGCUGACGGACCCUUUUUCAUCCUCCCCGCAGCAUGAUCCUUCAGAAAUGAGCGGGAAGAAAAACAAGCCGCUUCUGAACGUGCAGGUAAAUGGUGGAGGAAACGGCUGGGAAGACUCGCCCUCACGGUCACCACUGUUGUCUGUCCGUUCCCCCUGCAUCCUACCAAACACCCCCAGUCACCUGGGAGAUCCCGCAGGUGUAAGAAAUAAUGUUGCAUCCCACGGAAGCUCUCCGCUAAUCAUGAGGAAGGAUAUUGGUCUGGAUGUCACACACAGGUUUUCGACCAAGUCCUGGUUGUCUCAGAUGUGUCAGGUGUGCAAGAAGAACAUGAUGUUUGGUGUUAAAUGCAAACAUUGCAAGGUGAAGUGCCACAAUAAAUGUACCAAAGAGGCCCCUAAGUGCAGGAUUUCAUUUGCACAAUUUCCAAGCAAGAUUAGAAGAACAGAGUCAGUACCGUCAGAUAUCAAUAACCUGUUUUUUAAGAUAUGUGUCCUCCCUUCCACCCCACCACCCAACCCCUCCCCUAAGGGUCACGUUGACAGUCGAUUUCACUUCCCAGCUGCCUACUACUUUCAGCAUAGACAACAGUUUGUUUUCCCUGACGUAUCCAGUUCCACGCAUUCAGAUGGAGGUUGCAACACCGGAGAAACAGAUCAGUUGGAUGGUAAUGUCAACCAGUUGUCAACAGGCCAACGGGAAGCUGUGGAUGAGGAGCAGCAAGAGAACGACGGUCAGGAUCAGGAAGGUUCGGACGAUGAAAGUGAAGGCGAUGAAGUGGAUGACCUGCCCAACUGCAGGGGCUACUGGAAGGACCACAUAAGCCGUAAGGCCAGCCAGACCAGCGUUUACCUGCAGGAGUGGGAUGUGCCUUUCGAGCAGCUGGAGCUCGGAGAGCUGAUCGGUAAAGGCCGCUGGGGGAAGGUGUGCAGGGGCCGCUGGCAUGGAGAGGUGGCCGUUCGCUUGUUAGAGAUUGAUGGUAACAACCAGGAGCACCUAAAGCUGUUCAAGAAGGAGGUGAUGAACUACCGGCAAACGCGACACGAGAACGUCGUGCUGUUUAUGGGGGCCUGCAUGAACCCGCCUCAUCUGGCCAUUAUCACCAGCUUUUGUAAAGGACGGACGCUCUACUCGGUUGUCAGGGAUUCUAAACUUGACAUCAACAAGAUAAGACAAAUCGCUCAGGAAAUUGUGAAGGGAAUGGGUUACCUCCAUGCAAAGGGAAUUGUGCACAAAGAUUUAAAAUCUAAGAAUGUUUUUUACGAUUCAAACAAAGUGGUCAUCACCGAUUUCGGUCUGUUUGGGAUGUCUGGAGUGGUCCAGGAGGACAGGCGGGAAAAUGAACUGAAGCUUCCACGAGGGUGGAUCUAUUACCUGGCUCCAGAGGUCGUGCAAAAGAUGGGACCAGGAAACCAAGACUGUUUGCCCUUUUCAAAAGCUGCUGAUGUUUAUGCAUUUGGCACUAUCUGGUAUGAACUCCAGGCUAAAGAAUGGCCUAUCGUUAACCAACCGACUGAAGUAUAUAUAUAUAUAUAUAUAUAUACUCACACACAAAAUAAUAUUAACAUGGUCAUUGUAUUCACACUGCAGGAGAUCUUGUCAGCCUGCUGGUCCUUUAAGGUUGAGGACAGACCCACAUUCACUCAGCUGUCAGACUUACUAGAGAAGUUGCCGAAGCUCAAUCGCAGACUCUCACACCCCGGGCACUUCUGGAAGUCUGAGGAGUAUGUAUCCUAGUCUGGAAAGCUAGCAUGCUGUGGAUCCCCCUUUUUUGGGGGUGUAGUUUAGGGAGCAUGAAAACUAACUGAUCGUUUGGAGCCGACCUGUGCAUUGUUUUUUGUCUCUAUUCUGAGCCUACUUAAUUUUACACCAUUGGAUUUUUAGUGUAACGAGAGUCAGAAGGAUGCUGUGCAUGGAUUCAACCAUUAUAUAUUUGGUCAAACCUACGGAGCCCCGCACAUGGCAUGCAGGAAAAAAAUAGUAGGCUAAAUCGUGUGCACGAUUUACU